GCGCAUGCGCCCUCCGUCCAGGCUUGGCAUUUGAGGGGCCCCGCAUCUGUCCCAGAAUGUCCAGCAAAGAGGUGAAGACUGCUUUAAAAAGUGCAAGAGAUGCAAUCAGAAACAAAGAAUACAAAGAAGCUUUGAAACAUUGUAAGACAGUCUUAAAACAAGAGAAAAAUAACUAUAAUGCCUGGGUUUUUAUUGGUGUUGCUGCAGCUGAGCUAGAACAACCUGAUCAGGCCCAGGGGGCUUAUAAGAAAGCUGCUGAACUAGAGCCAGAUCAAUUACUAGCUUGGCAGGGCUUAGCAAGCUUGUAUGAAAAGUGUAACCACAUAAAUGCCAAGGAUGACUUACCUGGUGUUUACCAAAAGCUCCUGGAUCUUUAUGAAAGCGUUGACAAACAGAAGUGGUGUGAUGUCUGUAAGAAACUUGUGGAUCUGUAUUACCAAGAAAAGAAACACCUAGAGGUAGCACGAACAUGGCACAAAUUGAUAAAGACAAGGCAGGAAGAAGGUGCAGAUAAGCAAGAGCUUCAUCAACUGUGGAGGAAAUUGACUCAGUUGCUAGCUGAGAGCACAGAGGAUGAGAAUAAUGAAACCCAACAAUUGCUUUUAACUGCAUUUGAAAAUGCACUGGUCUUAUCAGAUACGAUUCCUAGUGAAGAUCACCAAAUGCUUUAUAAACAUUUCAUUCAGUGUUUAUCCAAAUUUCCCCACGAGGCUGCUAGGUUGAAGAAGGCCUGUGAAGGAAUGAUAAACAUCUAUCCUACUGUACAGUAUCCAUUAGAAGUGAUUUGUUUGCAUUUAAUUGAAUCAGGAAAUCUUACUGAUGAAGGACAUCAGUAUUGUUGUAAACUAGUGGAAAUGAAUUCAAAAAGUGGCCCAGGUCUCAUUGGCUUAGGUAUUAAGGCAAUACAAGACAAAAAGUAUGAUGAUGCUAUUAGUAAUUUAACAGAAGGAUUAAAGGCAAGCCCUCUCUGCAUAGCUGGGUGGUAUCAUCUGGCAGAAGCCCAAGUCAAAAUGCAUAGACCUAAGGAAGCUGUUCUUUCAUGUAAUCAAGCUCUGAAUCACAUAGGAAAUAUCAGUGCAUCUGGAGGCAGUUUUUAUCAGAAAAAUCUUUGUCUUCGUUUGAAAGCAGAGGCUUUGAUUAAUCUCUCUGAUUGUGAGUCUUCAGAGGAAGCAAUUCACACCCUUGAUCAGGUUUCUGAUGCAAAUAAUGUUCCAGAACUUUUGGUUCUCAAAGGUUUGGCCUAUCUGAACAAAGGUUCAUUAGAUGAAGCUACAAAGAUUAUGGAAGACCUUCUCUCUUCUUACCCUGACUUAGCUAAAGCUCAUGCUCUUGAGGCUUUGAUUCAUUUUACCAAAAAGGACUACGUCCAAGCAGAAAAGUGUUUCCACAGAGCUCUUGAGAAAGACGCUGAAGUUGCUGAAUAUCAUUACCAUCUGGGACUAACCUAUUGGUUUAUGGGUGAAGAGACAAGGAAAGAUAAAUCAAAGGCUCUUACCCACUUUCUGAAGGCUGCAAGACUGGAUACAUACAUGGGCAAGGUUUUCUGCUAUUUAGGUCAUUAUUAUAGAGAUAUAGUGGGUGACAAAACCAGAGCCCGUGGAUGUUAUAGAAAAGCAUUUGAAUUGGAUGACACCGAUGCUGAAUCUGGAGCUGCAGCAGUUGACUUAAGUGUGGAGCUAGAGGAUAUGGAAACUGCCUUAGCUAUCUUAACAACAGUAACUCAAAAAGCAAGCGCUGGAACAGCGAAGUGGGCCUGGCUUAGGCGAGGACUGUACUAUUUGAAAGCUGGUCAACAUUCUCAAGCAGUGGCUGACUUACAGGCAGCCUUAAGGGCAGACCCAAAGGACUUCAACUGUUGGGAGUCUUUAGGAGAGGCAUACUUAAGCAGAGGUGGUUAUACAACUGCUUUGAAGUCCUUCAUAAAAGCCAGUGAACUGAACCCAGAUUCCAUAUACAGUGUGUGUAAGGUUGCAGCAAUACAGCAAAUCCUAGGCAAGUAUAAGGAGGCAAUAGCCCAGUACCAGCUGAUCAUUGCCAAGAAGGAAGAUUAUGUGCCUGCCUUGAAAGGCUUGGGCGAGUGUCAUUUUAUGAUGGCUAAGGCAGCUCUAGUUGAUUACCUUGAUGGCAAAGCUGUAAACUACAUAGAAAAAGCUCUGGAAUAUUUUACUCGGGCCCUGCAACAUCGAGCUGAUGUAUCCUGCCUUUGGAAGCUAGUUGGGGAUGCUUGCACCAGCCUGCAUGCAGUUUCAUCAUCUAAAGUGAAUGUUAAUGUUUUAGGAAUUUUUCUUGGUCAGAAAGAUGGAAAACAAACAUUAAAGAAAAAUGAGCUCCUCCAUCUUGGAGGAAGGUGUUAUGGUCGGGCAUUAAAAUUGAUGUCUACAUCUAAUACCUGGUGUGAUCUUGGAAUUAAUUAUUAUCACCAAGCACAGCAUCUGGCAGAAAUAGACAGCAACACAAAUGAUGUUAAAGAAUUGCUGGAGAAGUCUUUACAUUGUCUGAAAAAGGCAGUGAGACUCGACAGUAGCAGUCACUUAUACUGGAAUGCACUUGGUGUCGUUGCAUGUUACAGUGGUGUUGAAAAUUAUGCCCUUGCUCAGCACUGUUUCAUCAAAUCCAUCCAGUCAGAACAAGUUAAUGCUGUUGCCUGGACCAACUUGGGAGUGCUGUAUCUCAUAAACGAAAACAUUGAGCAAGCUCAUGAAGCUUUCAAAAUGGCUCAGUCCCUUGAUCCAUCUUAUUUAAUGUGCUGGAUUGGACAAGCUCUUAUUGCAGAGACAAUUGGAAGUUACGACACCAUGGAUCUUUUUAGGCACACUACAGAACUCAGGAUGCAUACUGAGGGAGCAAUAGGUUAUGCAUAUUGGGUCUGCACAACAUUGCAAGAUAAAAGCAACAGAGAAACAGAGCUGUACCAGUACAACAUCCUCCAGAUGAAUGCUAUUCCAGCAGCACAAGUUGUUUUGUGCAAAUAUGUGGAAAGAAUUCAGAAUUAUGCUCCAGCUUUUACAAUGUUGGGUUACUUAAAUGAACAUCUACAACUGAAAAAGGAAGCAGCAGAAGCAUACCAAAGGGCAAUUUUGUUGUUACAGACUGGAGAAGAUCAAGAUAUUUACCAUGCUGCAGUAAGAAAUUAUGGAAGAUUAUUAUGUUCCAUUGGUGAAUAUGAUAAAGCUAUCCAAGCUUUUAAGUCAACACCCCUUAAAGACUUAGAAGAUAUCAUAGGUUUUGCAUUAGCCUUGUUCAUGAAAGGACUGUAUAAAGAGAGCAAUCAAGCCUAUGAAAGAGCCUUGUCUGUUGUUGAAUCAGAGCAAGACAAAGCCCAUAUCUUGACAGCUCUAGCAAUAACAGAAUAUAAACAAGGGAAAAUGGAUGUAGCCAAGUCACUGCUAUUCAAGUGCUCUAUUUUAAAGGAACCAACUACAGAAAGCCUUCAAACCCUGUGUGCCCUAGGGUUGGCAAUGCAAGAUGCUACGCUGUCCAAAGCAGCACUUAAUGAGUUACUGAAGCAUGUCAAACACAAAAGUAGUGAUUAUCAGAGAUGUCUUCUUACUUCAGCAAUUUAUGCACUCCAGGGCCGCAAUGUAGCAGUACAAAGACAAGCUUCAAAAGCUGUCCACAGUAACCCAGCUGACCCUGCUCUUUGGUCUUUGUUGUCCCGAGUUGUUGCUCAGUAUGCUCAACGAAAUGCAAAGGGAGGUGCUAUAGCAGGAAAUGUGGCUCAUAUUUUGGACUCAAAUCAUGGAAAGAAGGCAUUGUUGUACACUGCAGUAAAUCAGUUGGCAAUGGGAAGCAGUACAGGAGAAGAUGAAAAAAAUACUGCACUGAAGACCAUUCAGAAGGCAGCUUUCCUUUCUCCAGGUGACCCUGCUGUCUGGGCUGGGCUGAUGGCAGCCUGUCAUGCUGAUGACAAACUAGCUCUAGUUAACAACACUCAGCCAAAGAGGAUGGAUUUAUACUUGGCAUUGUUCUCUGCUGUUUCUGCUUCAAUUAAGGACAAAGAAUUUCUUGAAAAUUACAACCAAUGUCUUGAAAAAUGGUCUCUUUUACAAGCUGUCACUGGUCUCAUGGACACAGGAAGAAUAUCUGAAGCUGAAUCUCUAUGUACAAAGAAUUUAAAGAAUCACCCUGAUCAGCCAGCUAUUAUCUUACUUUUGAGACAAGUUCAGUGUAAAUCACUCCUAGAGUCACAAAAGCCUCUUCCAGAUGCUGUGCUUGAAGAACUUCAGAAAACAGUAAUGUCCAACUCAACCUCUGUUCCAGCUUGGCAAUGGCUGGCACAGGUCUAUCAGUCCCAAGGAAUGAUGAGUGCUGCAGAGAUGUGUUACAGAAAGAGUCUACAAGUGGCAUCCCAACAGAGCAGUUGGAGUGGGAAGCUCUCAAGUCUGUUGAAACUAGCACUGCUUGCAUUAGAAGUGUGUAUGGCUAAUAUUUCUAGCGAUCACUGGCCAUCUCUAGUUCAAGAAGCUACAACUGAGGCCAUGAAACUUUGCUUUUGUCCAUUGGCUGUCCUUCUGCAAGCUUUAUUACAGUUCAACCUCAAAAUGGGGGCAAGAGAGACACGACGCCUUUUGGAGAGAGUAGUGUAUCAGCCUGGAUAUCCCAAAUCUAUUGUUUCAACUGCACGUUGGUACCUAUUGAGACACCUGUAUGCCAAAAACGACUAUGAGCUCAUUGAUGUGUUGGUAAAGAAUGCUGAAACUCAUAAGGACAGAAGGGCAUUGGAACUGAAUCAGAAAUUGUCCUCCCAAUAACAGGAAGCAAAGAAGCAGCUGUGAGAAUGAAAAAGUGAAUCAAGACUUUUCCCCAAAAGAAGCAUAUUUUAUUACUCAUAUUUUAAAACUGAUUAUAAUUAUCUAUUAGUUUUCUUUUUUUUUAGUCUAAAGAAGUUAAUGUUCUUAAGUUAGAGAUGUAAUUUUCCACUAACUUUAUCUGAUUUUAAACUGAAAAUGUCUUUGUUUUAGGAAGUCCAUGUGGAAAAGAAAACCAUGAUUCUCUUUAUCUUCUGGACAGAUAUCUGUAAACCAUUAUUUUCAUAUUGCCUGGUGCAUAAUAGGAUAUUAUUUUUUGGAUUAACCCUUACAAUAAAGGCUUGAUAACCAUUUUCUAAAUAACAAGAAAAAGCAUAAUUUUCAUUUGUUAAAAAUAAAUUCAAAGAUUUAGUUCCUGUGGAUUUGGGAGUUCUGUAGAUCAACUCAUCAUGAAAUUCAAGUAACCUGUAACCUAACCUGUUUUGUUGCUGUUUCAUAUCAUAGUCUGUUAAAGAAGCACCGUAAAAUGUUUGUGAGUCUUUGAUUGCUAGUGGAUAUGUUUGUAUAGUCAGAACACUCAGGUAUGGCUGCAUUUGAAAACAUUAAUGGACAAUUUUAGAAAAUAAUGCUGAUAUUUAAUUAUGCAUAUAAUUCCUCCAAUUAUGAUGAACUUUCUUAAAUAAAAAGUGUCUAAUUUUC